AUGGCCAGCCUUCAAUCUAGAGCAUCAUGCAGAUGGCACCCCCCUGGUGAAGGGUGGCUGAAGUUAAACUUUGAUGGGGCUUCCCGAGGCAACCCAGGGCAAGUAGGGAUAGGAUGCGUUGUGCACAAUUGGGAAGGCAAGGAAGUAGCAUCCCUUGCUUCUCCAGCUGGCAUUAUUACAAACAAUUGGGCAGAACUGUUGGCCUUGGUGGAAGGUUUGCUUUUAUGCAGGAAACUUGAAGUGAAGUGCUUAGAUAUUAAGGGUGAUUCGACUAUAAUUGUCAAUGCUCUUAGAAUAGGUAGCAUCCCAAAUUGGAAACUUAAUUCCUUGUUAUCAAAGGCUCUAGAUCUAUGCAAAGGGUUUGAUAGGUUUAUAGUUAAUCACAUCUAUAGGGAGGGCAAUAAAAGGGCAGAUGAGCUUGCUAACCUAGGGGUUGAUGGCAUCAAACUCCUGUCCUUGCCUACCUAA